AUGUCCUAUGGGAGCCGAGAGCAAACGAGGACCGACCACGACGUGGGCUUUUUCGACCCCUUCCUCGACGAGAAGGAGCUCGGAAAAGGGGAUCUCGUGGACAAGGGGAAUGAGAUCUACUUCAGAAGCGUCCACGCCUUCAUCGACGCCGCUGAAAACGCAGCGUACUCAAAACCAUCCACCACCAUCCGCCAGAACCUUGACAAGUGGUAG